AUGGUCUUCGCUGGGGUUCGGCGACUGCGUCUGCAUGUGCUCGCUUCCCUGGCCUUGCUUGUGGGCUGGGUCUGGUGGCCCUGGUGGCCCUGGUGGCCCGUGAGCCUUCGCCUCGUGCGGAGCUUCUGCGAGCCUCCGCGCAGACCCCGCGAAGCUCUGAGGCUGGCGAAAAGGGCUCGGGCGAAGCAGGACGUCGACUCCGACGCUUCCGCUUCCGACUUGGAGGAGCUCGAUCUGGAGCUGCCGACUUUUGGGGAGAGGAAGUGGAGGAAGGCUCCGUCGUCCUGGCCGGCAGAGGUCGCAGAGCUCUUCGUGCCGCUGGGCCCGCACACUGCGGCCACGCGCUUCGUGGAGACGGCACCGGUGGCUUCCUGGCUCCCGGCCACGUUGUACAACGUGCUCUGCGAGCUGCCGGUGAACGAGUUCGACCUUCAGGCGUGUCUCUACCCGAAGGGCUCCCACCUCUUCACGGCCCCGCAACUGCGAAAGCUGCUGAAGGCCGCAGAGGCCGCAGCGCCCGAUCGGGUGCUGGACGUGGGCGCAGGCGACGGCUGCCACACGGCGGUGCUCCGCGAGGUGAGCGAAGAGGUGGUCGCCACGGAGACGUCGCAAGGCAUGGCCUGGCAGCUGGAGAGAGAGGGCUACGAGGUCUGGUGCGAGGACGUCUCCGAGACUUGGGCAGAGCGGAGUGCGCGGACGCGACGGCGCGCUUUUUCGCUGGUGUCGAUGUUGAACGUGCUGGACCGGUGCGCUGCUCCCAGGAAGCUCCUGGCGGCCGCCAGAGGGAUCUUGGAAGAGGGCGGCUUCCUGCUGCUGGCCAGCCCGCUCCCCUUCGCGGCUUCCUACUACGGCCCGGAGACCCGCUGGAACGGGCAACCUUUGGAAGACUUGAGCUUCACUGGCUUCGGCAACUGGGAUGAGGAUGGGCUGAGACUGGUCCAGGAGUUCCUACCUAGUUGUGGAUUUCAUGUGAAGGCGCUGAGCAGGUUGCCGUACCUCUCGGGUGGGGAUGUCCUAGACGGUGGCUGCAUUGAGCUGGAUGACAUCGUCGUGCUGGCUCAGAAAUCAACGACGACCUGA